ACAGUUUCAAGAAAAUAAUGCACAAACAAUAACCCACAAUUGUGUGAAAAUUAUCUUACAUUUUAAUAAAGAAACAAAAAAAAAUGGUUUAUCUCGUCAGUCGUCACCCGCACGCACGCGACAGCGAGUCGCGCAUGCGCGAACAUCAACGCGAACCACGCUACGACGAAGAAUUCGGCGAAGAAAAUGUUGAAGUCGUCGACUCGGAGUGGGCUGACUUCGAAAAGUUUCUGCGUCAAUUUCGACAGCGACGCAACAGCACCAUCUCCAUGGAGGAGGAAUUGCGGCGGGUGUCAAAGCAACCGAAAAUCAAAUCGCAAGCCUUCUAUCCAUGCCCACCGCCAGCUGAUCAUGGGCGCGAUUCGGAUUCAUCUUCGGAUGACGACGAUCCCUUCGGAUAUAUUGAUACCCUUAUGUAUGGCCGCUAUACCAAAGAUUUAGGAGAAUUUGCCAAAGAUGAAGCCAGAAAACUCAAAUUACUCGAGAAGCGCCGCAAGCAAGAAGACAAACAAAGGAACAAGGAAUUGCUGGGCAAACGUUCGUCGCGCAUGCUAAAAGUCUCAUCAUGGAUAUGGAAACGUACAUUUGCGCGCCUCGGCGAAGAUUGGGUAUUCUUAGCGCUGCUGGGUGUCAUAAUGGCAUUCGUAUCAUAUGUGGUAGACAAAGGCAUCAAUGUUUGUACAAAUGCGCGCGUGUGGCUCUAUCGCGAUCUCACCUCCCAGCCGAUCACACAGUAUUUCGCGUGGGUCUCAUUGCCGGUCUGUUUGAUACUCUUCUCAGCCGGCUUUGUGCAUCUCGUUGCCCCGCAAAGUAUAGGUUCGGGUAUACCUGAAAUGAAAACGAUUCUGCGUGGCGUUGCGCUGAAAGAGUAUCUCACAUUUAAGACAUUGGUGGCCAAGGUUGUUGGUUUAACGGCAACUUUGGGCAGUGGUAUGCCAUUAGGAAAGGAAGGUCCUUUCUGUCACAUAGCAAGUAUUGUAGCACAAUUAUUAAGUAAGCUCGUCACAUCAUUCCAAGGCAUCUAUGAGAAUGAAUCUCGCAAUUCGGAGAUGUUGGCCGCAGCGUGUGCGGUCGGUGUGGGUUCGUGUUUUGCCGCGCCCGUCGGUGGUGUACUGUUUAGUAUCGAGGUAACGACCACUUAUUUUGCUGUGCGUAAUUAUUGGCGUGGCUUCUUUGCGGCUGUCUGCGGUGCAACGGUGUUUCGUCUGUUGGCUGUUUGGUUCCACAAUGCGGACACAGUACGUGCGAUAUUUCUCACAAAUUUCACCACCGAAUUCCCCUUCGAUCCGCAGGAGUUGUUCGUAUUUGCACUAAUGGGCGUUGUGUCCGGUGUUGGUGGCGCUGCCUACGUCUGGGUACAUCGCCGCUAUGUGCUCUUCAUGCGUUCGAAUAAGAAGAUGAAUAAAUUUCUGCAAAAGAAUCGAUUCCUCUAUCCGGGCUUUCUGGCGCUGCUUGUCUCUACACUCUCAUUUCCAUUAGGACCCGGUCAAUUUAUUGCUGGCGAAUUAAGCACACAUGAACAAGUCACACAGUUAUUCAGCAAUUUCACGUGGUCACGUGACGAUCUCACCGUGGAACAGGCGGCCAUAGUUACGCAUUGGGUCACCAGUUACACCAACAUAUUCAUCAAUCUUUCCAUAUACAUUGUGUUCACUUUUUUCAUUUCCAUUGUAGCCUCAACCAUACCAGUGCCUUCCGGUAUUUUCAUACCCGUAUUUAAGAUCGGCGCCAGUUUGGGUCGUCUGAUUGGUGAGAGCAUGCAUUUGUGGUUCCCGAACGGCGUGCGCUACGGCGGUCGCCUAUCGCCCAUCAUACCCGGCGGUUACGCAGUUGUUGGUGCGGCGGCAUUUUCCGGCGCCGUGACGCAUACCGUUUCGGUAGCGGUAAUCAUUUUCGAGAUGACCGGCCAGAUAACGCACGUUGUACCGGUGAUGAUCGCAGUGUUAAUAGCGAACGCCAUUGCAGCCCUUCUACAACCGUCCAUGUACGACAGUAUUAUAUUGAUUAAGAAGCUGCCGUAUCUGCCCGAUUUGCUGCCGUCCAGUUCGGCGAUGUACAGCAUUUAUGUGGAGGAUUUUAUGGUACGAGAUGUGAAAUACAUCUGGCAUGGCAUUUCGUAUCAAAAACUCAAGGAGGUGCUGAAGGCGAACAAAACGCUACGAUCUCUACCGCUGGUCGAUAGUCACGAGAACAUGAUACUGCUCGGCUCUGUGCAACGUUAUGAAUUGAUCAAAAUGAUCGAGAAGCAUAUCGGACGCGAGAAACGCAUGGAGGUGGCACAAAAGUGGCAAAAAGAGGCAGAAGAGCGCGCGCGCGAAGAAGAGAAGAAAAAGCAGGAGGCCGAAUUAAGAGUACGUCGUCCGUCACGUUUCGAAGUACUGCCCGCACCCGAUAUACUCAGUCUACGACAAAUCGCCAACGAUGAAAUGCUGCCGCCCAAACAACGUCAGGAGUCAUUCACUAACAACGUGGGACCACGCAAAUCCAUUUUGAAAAAGACAAACUCAUUUAAUCUAAAAACCUAUGCACCUACCUCACCGCACAGCCCGAACAUUACGCCCUAUACCACCAUCACUGGCACGGAGCAUCGCAUACGCUCCGCCUUCGAAGCGAUCUUUCGCAAAUCGAACACACUGCAGGAUGUCCAACCGGAUCCGGAUGCUGCCAGCAUAACGCCGGCGGUGAGCGCCAACGAAGUGCCACUCGUGCAGCGUGCCCCUAGCAUUUCGAAGAAGGUUCAAUUGCAAGCACAAAAUACUACGGAGUCUGCGGCUCUCGAGCAUAAGCCAACACCUCCGGAUACACCGGAUAGCAUAAAAAGCAAUAGAUUUUCCCAACUAGCGCCCAAUUCUCCGGGUCCAUCAAAGAAGUUUAAGAAAAAUAACUACAUUCGACCGCGAAGCCUAAGCUCAUCGCCAGUCCAUGCCAAAGUUAAAAUGAAGUUAGCGAAUACAAGAUGGGAUCAAUCCAUGUUGCCACCACCGCCGAAAAAAGGCAUACUUCGAAAGUCACACUCAACGACAGAUUGUUCCAAUCACCGAACAAACGCAAUCAAAUGGAAUACACUCAUGGAUAACACUCAUGCAACGACGGAUAAGGAUGAGCCAAAAGCAAUGAGUAUGAAAAAGGCGAAAUCGGUGACCUUGCCACGUGAACGCGUGAUCGAUAUGUCGCCGGAAGAUCAGAAGAAAUGGGAAAUGGAGGAAAUGUCCAAGUCCAUCGAUCUGGAGAAGGCCAGUGUAAAUAUCGAUCCAUCGCCAUUUCAACUGGUCGAACGCACCUCGAUACUCAAAGUUCAUUCGCUUUUCUCAAUGGUUGGCAUAAAUCAUGCCUAUGUGACGAAAAUUGGACGCCUAGUGGGUGUUGUGGGUCUGAAAGAGCUGCGCAAAGCUAUUGAGGAUAUCAAUAGCAAUAAUUUCGUAGUACAAAAUCAAGUAAAAGACGAUAUUGAAGCCGAUCAUGGUUCGGCUGUUGAAAAGCCAUUAUUGGCGCCACCAUUGCCGCUGUCACCGCAUGCCACCAGUGACAAGGAGGUUAACACCACGGUGACCUCCAUGGACUCAGCACUCUCGCAUUCGGAUAAUUGCUCUGACAUUGAAAUGGAGCAUAUGAAGGGCGAGAGUAGCGGUGAAGAACAAUCACAACAACAACAAGAUAAUACAACACAAUACAAUCAACAAACAUACACACAUACAGCAAUGACAACAGCAACGGUCAUACCAACAAUAACUAAGUCGAACAAUGAGCCAUAGCAGACAAGCAAAUAACAAAUACAUAUAUAUAUACAUUAGGGUGCACAGAAUAACACAAGUUGUUUUUUUUUUUUUUUKCACACGCCCCCUGAAGUUUCAGUUUUUACUCUAAAAAGGUUAUGCGACACAAAUAAGCUCUUUAUUUUCAAUUUAAAUCAUGCUUAAAUCUAAUUUAUUUUCUUAUGUACAUAUAAGAUUGGAAUUUUUUAAUGUUUUGCACCAAACAAGCAAAAGAACAAUUUUUAUAGAAUGAUUUUCUAGUUCAAAAUUUAGCGCUCUACAAAAAUGCUCUUAAUGAUUUUUUUCAUAAAACCACUCAUUUAAAAGUUAUAUGCAGUUAGAUUUAUACAUUGACUGCACUGAGCAUUUUAUACAACAGUACUAAGCAAGCGCAAACACCAUGACGUAUGAGCAACACAGAAUUUAUUAAGCACUUGUACGAGUAAGAAUGCUCAGCACAUUUUUUGCCUAACUUCGAUUGCGUAUAACUUUUAAAGGAAAGCUUUUAUGGAAAAAAAUUAAUCAGAACUUUUUUAUAGAGCGCCAUAUUUUUUAUUCGAAUAUACACUUUUAAAAGUUUUAGGCUUAUUUGGUCUGGUGAUAAGAAAUAUAUUGCAAAAGAUCAUGUAAAAUACGAGUAUAUGGGAAUAGUAAAAAAAAAUUAUUUUUUCCUUUGCAAAAUUCCAGCUAAUGGAAAAACGGAAACUUCAGGGGGCGCUUGAAAAUAUAAAACCAACUUGGGAAGUAAUGGAGACUCUACUAUAUAUAUAUAUAUAUACAUAUAUAUUAUAUAUACAUGCAUAGGCAUAUGUAGGUGUUUAAGUGAAUUUGUAUUGGAAAAAGGGCAAACUAAACUAAAUUGUAUUAAAAUUUAGCAAAUAGUAUAUUUAAAUAAUUAUAUGCAAGUAAAAAGUAAAUAUGUAAUUGCAUAAAUGGUAGAACUUUAGCAGCUAAUGUAAAUAUUAUAAGCGUAAAUGUUAGUUAAAUAGCACUAUGUUAUAUUUUUAAUAAGCUCCAAUUUUCAAACACAAACACACACCUACUGCAUAUACAUUACUCGUAUGUAAAAUAACAUGUACACAGAAUGUAUACAAAGUUGAUCGAUAUUAAAGCUCUAAGCUAAAUUUAAACACAUUUCCCUUACGAAUUUGUUAUAAAAUUUUGCAAAAACAUUGCUUUGAAAGCAAACGGAAACUGAAAAGAAUAUGCAUACUUAUUUUUCAAGCAAAAUACUUUUAAUUAAAUUACACAUCGAUUAAUACCCAAUGACUAAAAGUUCUAUUAUCAUACUUUAGCAAUUUAUGUUUUUUAUAAUUUAUCAUAUAAUGAAUGCUGGCAGGUUUCGCACACAAAAUCACAGACGAAACGUGCCAUGUGGUAUUCAGUUAGUAGCCAAUCAGGCGUAACGCUUUAAUGAAACCGAAAAUCCCAAUUUAAGGCAAAAUCAAAGUGAAAACGUGCAGUCAGUAGUAUUUAUGAUUUAAAUAUACAUACAUACACAUACAUGCUUAUAUAUAAGUAAUAAUUGCAAUAAAUACAUACAUACGUAUAUACGCAUAUACACGCAGUUGUUCUGUAGCGUAUAGUGAUAUUACAAACCAUUGUUUGUACUCGUAUACAUAUGUAUAUGUAUACAAACAAACUAUGUGACUGGCAACUAUAAACCAAAUAUAAGUAUUUUCUAAGAAAAAAAUUAGCAUAAAAGCACGCAAAUUGUUUAUUAAAGUAUUUAAUUUAAACUUGUAUGUAAGAUAAAUAACUAAACGAACAUUUAUGUACAUAAAGUUUAACGAGAAUUAAAAAAAAAAACGGAUUAUCGAACGAAA